GGCAUGAUUUAGAGUCUCUAUACUCCAGUUAACAAAUAAUCGUUUAAUAAAUUAACUGAUGAUUAUUUCAAUAAUCAUUUUAAUCACAAUCUGAAUAAUUGUUACAGUCCUAAUUAAUCUAUUUCAGUAACUAGUUUCUCAAAGAAAAAAAAGCAUUGUGAAUGUGAAAAAGGUAUUUAGAAGUAUGUGCAAGCUCCAGAGAACAUAUUCUAAUACACUGAAUAUCGGUUUGUACGUCAACAUCCAACAGAAAUAUGACCUUUUGAAAUGCAUUUUUGCAAUAUUUAAAACUGUGUGUUUCUUUAUUGAAUUAAGUUUAAACAGCUUCUAAGGCAUGUUUCCAUUUAUAUUACCAAAUACGACCAUGACUACCAGUAUUUGAAUUUGCUUUUAUGUAGGUAUUUAUCUUGCCUCCAGUUUCUCUUUAUUUUUUCUACUGUUUCCCUAAUUAGAAUAAAUUAAAUGAUGAAAUGACAAUGUUUGAUGAAUUCCCCAUACAAUCAAUAAAAAAAAUGGCUUUGAAUAAAGUGUGGCAGCGAGUGGAGACAGCAUGAAAACCCUGUUGUUUUCUAAUUGCCUGUUUCCAUUGGCACGUCUUGCAACAGCUGCAUGUCUUAUCCAGACACACCACCAGUCUGGCAGUACGUCUCUGUGGAUUUGGAACCACUGAACCCUUUAGGCUGGUAAAUCUCUGAAUUUGUUAUGAUUUUAACUUCUAAUUAAUACUAAUAAUCUAUUCUGACUUUGAUUUAGGUAUCUCUGACUGAGUACUAAAGAGCACUUUCAGCACCAAAAUUAAGGAUUGCUAACUUGAAAAACAGCCACGAUGUCCAUUGCAAAGCUUCUCCUAAUAUGUUAUUUAUUUCAAGGCAUCUUAUGCCAGCACUGGUCUGUUUUAAUGCCUCAGACCAUAGAGGGGCUGAGUGGAUCCUGUCUGAUCAUCCCAUGUACUUUCACCUUGCCCCCUGAAUGGGAUCAGUACCUGGACCACUCAUGUAAAGCCAUCUGGAGGAGAGGCAGCUGGAGCCGAACGCAGGUGUUUGAUUCUAGCCUCGCCGGAGCAAGCGUCAACUUAAAUCUCCUGCAGGGAAACCUAACAGGGGUCCUGCGUGACAAAGACUGCACCACCAUCUUCAACAACCUGCCGUCUAACCAUUACGACAACUAUUACUUCAGACUGCAGUGUGAAAACUCACUGAAGUUCAACUUUCAAGCAGGCGUUCGUAUCACCACUCAAGAUUCUCUCCCCAGGCCUAUCAUGACUCCAUCCAAGCUGGAAGUAGAGGAAAGGACUGAAGUUGCAUUGAGUUGUUCAGCCGUUGUCCCCUGUCCAACUCUUCCCCCACUAGUGACAUGGACACCAAUUUUAGGAGACACAGAGGAAAAUAUAGAAGCAAAUUCUUUAACCUCUCUUAUGCAUUUUAACGCUUCUCACCUCCACAAUGGACAGAAGGUUUCUUGCACUGCUACCUACAACAGGCAAGCUGGACACAGUGAUCUCGUCUUUGAAAGGAGUUUAACAAUGCAGGUUUUUUACUCUCCAUAUAACACAACAGUAAGUGAUUCUGGUCCAGUGUUGGAGGGCAGCGUGGUGACUCUGACCUGCAGUGCUAAUGCCAAUCCAGAGGUGGACAGCUACACCUGGUAUAAACUCGCUGGAGAGCAAGUGGAAGAAGUUGGAUCUGAGAGCACAUUUUCAACCACAGCUACAGAAGCUGAUAACCAGUUUUUCUGCAAAGCUGUUAAUGGAUAUGGAAGCCAAAACUCUUCUAUCAUGCAAAUAGAUGUAUUGUUUUCUCCCAAGGAGACAGCGGUUCUUGUUGAGCCAGCUGGUCUGAUCCUGGAGGGCAGCUCUGUGUCUCUGCUUUGUAGAAGCCAUUCAAACCCACCAGUAACCAAUUACACCUGGUACAAAGAUGACGAAGUGUAUCAGGAGAAAGGACCAAAAAUUGUCUUUAAUGUUAUAGAUCUCAGCCAUAGCGGUGAAUAUUACUGCUCUGCAAAAAACGACUUUGGAGAAGAAACUUCAGCAAUGAUUCUUCUGGAUGUUCAGUAUCCCCCUAAAAACACUACUGUGUCUGCUGACUCGUCUGGCUCAGUUUCUGAUGGCAGCUCUGUGACUCUGACCUGCACCAGCAUGGCUAACCCACCAGUAGCUAAUGUCACCUGGUUCCGAGUUGCCGGUGGAGAAAAGGAGGUUGCUGGCUUGGGUCAGAACUUCACCUUUAAUGUGACCAAACUCUCUGAAGAUCUAUAUUACUGUGAAGCACUAAAUGUUCAUGGAUCUCAAUACUCAGAACCUUUCACUAUUGAUGUUCUAUAUUCUCCAGAAAUUCUAUCAUCUUCUCGCUGUGUCAAAAUCUUAUCCCGCUUUCGAUGCUCCUGUGACAGUCAGGGUAACCCGCCUCCUUCCUUGCUUUGGGAACUGGCUGGAGAACGUGUCAAUAACUCAGCUGACAUCCCAAUACGAGAGAUAAUUAUGGGGCCAGGGACGGUCCGGAGUGUCAUCACCCUGUACAGUCUGAAUGAAGACUUGCCCACCUUGGUGUGCCUCAGCAGAAACUUACUGGGCUCUGAUAGUCUGGCUUAUAAUGUUUCCUCCAGUGAAACUCAGCUAGGUGUUGAUGUUGUCUCUCUGCUCAUCGGCUCAGCAGCUGGAGCUCUGGGGAUGAUGGUGAUUUGCAUUCCUCUGUUGAUAUUUUUCUGCAGAAAAAGAAAACACAGCUUUUCACCCAAGAAGAAGUUGGCGGAAGCAGAAGAAUGUUUAGUCACAGAUGUGGCCAACCCUUCCUCAGAAGCCACCAUUUUUGCCAACAAAGCUGUAGAGAAUGAUGUGGAAAAAGACAAAGAAGAGCACCUAAACUAUGCCAGUGUGGACUUUGCUAAGGCGCAGGCAGAAUCGGAAAGUCUGCUUGGGGAUGGAACUAUCAGAGGACUGGCCUCAAAGACAGCUGAGUACGAAAAUCACCCCAACUGCAGAGAAAGUAAUGGAGGAGAAUCAAAAGAGCAAGAAAAUGUCUCAGGCACUACCUUGGAACAUAGUAAAAAUGCUAAUAAUCUUGAGGUAACUAACAAGGUUUCACCUUAAUUUGAAGUCAGUUUGUAGCAGAAAACAAGAUGGACUUUGGUUUUAUUUCAACAUUAUUCAACAUGAAGAAGCUGAUAUAGAAUUUUAAAUCUCACAAGAAUUCUUUAAAAAAACUGUUUAUUACUCAUAUUUUUGCUGCCCUUUUCUUCUCUUUUUUUGUAAUUUCUUAAUACUUACUUAUCUUGAUUAAACUUCUAUCGUAAAUAAAA